AUGAUAAAGAAUGACCAAGUGGUUUACAUUGUCCUGGAGGUAGUGAUAGCAUGUUUGGCCGUGGGAGGAAAUGUCCUGGUUUGCUGGGCGGUACACCUCAACUCUAACCUUCAGAGCGUCACCAACCUCUUCGUGGUGUCUUUGGCUGUAGCGGACAUUGCUGUGGGCUUAGUUGCUAUCCCGUUUGCAAUUGCAAUAAGCACUGGAUUCUGUGCACACUUCCUCGGCUGCCUCUUCAUCGCCUGCUUCCUCCUGGUGCUCACACAGAGUUCCAUCUUCAGUCUGCUGGCCAUAGCUGCAGACCGAUACAUUGCCAUCAAGAAUCCACUCAGGUACAGCGGCGUGGUCACUGGGAAGAGAGCUAAAGCCAUUGUAGCUUUGUGCUGGAUCCUGUCUGUGGCCAUUGGCUUGACACCGAUACUAGGCUGGAACACAGGGGGAAACACAACCCAUGGCCAAAACAACAACAGCAGCAUCUGCCCACAUGGCAUGACGGAGUGCUUGUUUGAGGGGGUGGUCACCCUACAUUACAUGAGAAAGCGACGCGCGCACGUUGGCUGUGAAAUUCUGCAACUUGUACAACUAAAGGAACAUAAAACAUGUCUAUUGGUGUACCUAUUAAAGUCCUCCAUGAAGCUGAGGGGCACAUCGUGA